AAUAAAUAGGGCAAAUUCUUUUAAUACGAAACAUGUAUAGGCCGUAGUGAGUUAGGAUAAUCUGAUUAACAAAAAUACAUAUGAACUAAUUGUUAUCAAUGUCACAAUUAUCAAGUAGUGCAAAGAUAACUUUCGAAUAUUAUGAAGUAAUGAAAAAUAAGAUGAAAUCAUCCGACCAACGGGUCGGGUAAAAACUAGUAAAAAAAAAUUCUCCAAUUGAAUCACCGUUACGAUAAGGUAAUCCUAUGGAACUCAACGGCACAACUUUUCGGCCCAGGCCAUUUCGGCUCAUUGCUCGCGAACACAGCAACAAUUGGGCCGAGACCAUCCCGGUCCAAAAUCUGGCGGUAAAUUCAAACAUUCCUCCAGAUUCCAGAAGCACCGAUUACUUUCUCGCUAUCCAGAACCUAAGGCUCUCAAGCCACCACGUCUCCCUCCCCUUCCUUCCACUAUAAAACCCCAUCCAUCUCUUUCCCUUCUACCUCAAACUCUCCUCUGAAACAGAGCAAAAAAAAAAAACAACUAUCCCCGCCCACUGAAACCUCCACCAGAUCAAUUCCCCCCCUCGAAAAAAUGCCAACCGACAAGACAAUGGAAGCGGUGAAAGGCCUGGACGUGCCACGCUACAUGGGCCGGUGGUACGAGAUCGCCUGCUUCCCGUCCCGAUUCCAACCCAGAGACGGCGAGAACACCCGAGCGACCUACACACUGAAGGAAGACGGCGCCACCGUCGACGUGCUGAACGAGACGUGGAGCGGCGGGAAGCGGAGCUACAUCGAAGGGACGGCGUACAAGGCCGAUCCCAACAGCGACGAGGCGAAGUUGAAGGUGAAGUUCUGGGUCCCGCCUUUCCUGCCGAUUAUCCCUGUCACCGGAGACUACUGGGUUCUCUACAUCGAUCCGGAGUAUCGGCACGCGCUGAUCGGUCAGCCGAGCCGCAGUUAUCUUUGGAUACUGAGCAGGACUCCUCAUAUGGAAGAGGAGGUGUACAAGGAGCUGGUGCAGAGGGCUGUAGAUGAAGGGUAUGAUGUUAGCAAGCUCAAGAAGACUCCUCAAGCUGAUCCGCCUCCGGAGGCAGAGCAGGGUCCUGAGGACAAGAAGGGUUUCUGGUGGAUCAAAUCCCUCUUUGGGAGAUGAUACCACAACUCCACAAGAACGUAAAUUUGCCAUUAAUGGGGUCUUUCUAGUUUGUGCUUUUGCCUGGGAUCGCUUGUCCAUGAUUGGUAAAUGUGUGGCAAAAAGCCAUGUUUGUAUGUUUUGCCUCUUUCUGGUCCAGUGCUUUGAAACUCUCCUAGAGUUUCAUUUUAAGGAGGACACUUUUUUUUAUGUAAUGGUUUUGGACUUUUUUGGUGCUAUCUUAGCUCUUGGGUUGAUAUCUGGGAAAAAAUCCCAAAGUACACUAGUUUUUUAAAAAAAUUCCCAAAAUACAUUAGUUAUAAAAAAAAUUCCAAAACUACACAUGUUUGAGCAUCUCCGUUUUUGUCUAAAACGGUGAAGGUCAUCACCGCGUUUGACAAACACGGUGAGUACUUCACCGUUUUAAACUAAAACGGUGAAGGCUUCACCGCUUUUGUCAAAAACGGUGAAGUACUCACCGUUUUAAUUUAAAACGGUGAAGUACUCACCGUUUUUGACUAAAACGGUGAAGCCUUCACCGUUUUUCUAGGACGCGGUGAAGUAGCUGACGUGGCAGACACGGGGUAUUCACCGCGUUAGACAAACACGGUGAAUAACCCGUGUCUGCCACGUCAGCGAUCCGCCUCAGUGUGUUUUCACCGUGGCCGUUAGAUGCGGUGAGGCGCGGAUCGUGGUUUUCUUCCCGCGAUCCGACGCCUCACAGCAAGCCACGUGGACGGGGAGCCGGAUUUGGGGAAGGACAGUGCUUCACCGCGUUCAUCAAACGCGGUGAGUCCUUCACCGCGUUCAUUAAACGCGGUGAAUGCUC